AUGGAGGAUGAACUGACUGACGAUGAUUCUCAAUCCCAAAAGAACAUUAUGAAAAAUGGGGAUGAAAGAGCCAGAGACAGAACACGGCGACCCAUCAGGCCAGAGGACAACCAGACAGAAAACUCUCCGUCCAAGGAGAGAGUCCAACAAGCUGAAAAAGAUUUACGAAAACAACAACAGAACACAUAUCAGCUGAAGAAGGAAAUUAAAUUGCUGGAAGUUAAAAAUGUUAAACUAUCCAACAACUUUAAAGGGAUUUCCGAAAAAUUUCUGGAAAGUGUAACUAGGAUUGUGGAACUUGAAGGUCAGUUAAAAGACAUGAAACAAGCUCUUGCAGAGAAGACCCAUGCUCUCACGGCUGAAACUGCACGGAGGCGCGACUUGUCUGACAAAGUGGCACUACUGAAGGUGUACAGAGAUCGAGCCCAUGAUGCAGAAAACCUGGUGAAAGUACUUAGAGAUGACAAUCAAAGAUUGAAAAUACAGCUAGAUGCGUCUCAGCAAUCUAGAAAUGAGUCAGAGAGCCAGAAAGCCGAGCUUAAAAUGCAGUCGGAAAUGUUGAAAACCAAAGAUGACACAAUUGACAAUUUUAAGAUUGUCUUGGAUGAGAAGCAAAAGAUAAUCGAUGCUCAGAAGGAGGUGAUUAAGAAACAACGGAAAGUUGUACAAGAGACAGAAAUGGAGGCAAAAAGAAAUCGGCAGAAUGAAGAAACAUCAGUGAGGCGACUAAAACGCAAAGAUGAUGAAAAUCUGAGCCUACGGAAGGAAAUCACGUCACUGCACAAGUCUUUGCAUGAUUUUGAGAGGAAGAGUCGAAAACAAGAGUCGAAAUACCAAGUCCUCCAGGAGAAAUGUGAACGUGCUCAAACAGAAAAAGCCAACCUACAGAACAAAUAUCAACGACUAAAAAAUUCUGCAGCAAAUCUUGAGAAGGAGACCCAGACACUCCUGGAAAAGUCCAAGCAAGAGACUACAUUUUUUAAGCAUCAAGAGGAGCAGGUCGAUUUAAAGCACGACACGACAGAAAAAAGCAAGGAAAAUAAGAUCAAAUUUGAGAAGGACCUCCUGCGUACACGGGAAGAUGACACAAAACUGAAAACGCAGAGAGAAGACGCUCUGACAAAAAAACAGAAGAGAAGUCAUUCUCAGUAAUAACAAUUGUAAUAAAAAUUGGAAUACAGGCUGAUAUCAUUCAGAAUGCAAGAUCGUAGAACUUAUUAAGGAAGUUCUGCGACUGAGCAGAAAUUCAGAAUGGUUAAAAAAACGUAUUCUAAGGUGCAAAGGCUGGGGCUAAAUGAGGAGAAUGGAGAUAUUAUAAUUCUCCCAGACACGGACAAGGAAACGGAAAAACUCACAAUGCUUUGCACUGAGAACCGCAGACUUUUUUCUGUCGUCUAAGAGCUUUGAUGGUGGUCUGACUCUCUCCUGACAUGUGGGAAGAUUUUUGACAGAGGGAGAAUUUUAUUGAUUUUUCAAAAGGGGUGGUCGACCCUCAUUAUUUGGGGUGGGUCCUGCAGGACAUAUCAGGUUUUAUGGGUAGAUUUUGGUCAGGGGGACCAUUGUAUUGACUUUUAAAGAGUGUGGUCAAUGCUUAGUGUUGGGGUGGGGGUCCUGCAGGAUAUUUGGGGUCCAAUUGGACAAUGU